AUGGCUCCUUCCCAAGCCGUGUGCGUGUGUCUGCUACUGUUGACUGAGCUCCUGGCUUCCUGCCAUAAGUGCAUCUUUGACCAAGUCCAAGCUCGAGUCCGAGUUGUCCGAGGCACACUGAGUCCCCCAGUCGGACCCCCUGGCCGCAAAAGAACCCUGCAAAACCCAACAGGACAGGACGAUCCGACAUUCUUUACCUCACCUCAGCCAAUCAGAAUCCAGAGCUGGCUUUCCAGGGAGAGCGAUCACUUGUCAGAGUUGGAGAAAGGACGAAUGAUGGCGACGGUGGACGAGGCUGUGAGGACGAUGACCUCUUUGCUGUCAGUGCAGCGAGCAUCUACGCCGCUGCUUCUGAGGAGGGACGUCACCAAAUACUGCAAGUUUCUUUGGAAGAAUUCAAGCACUAUUAACUACAACAGGUGUGGCAGGGCCAACGGCAAGUACAGGACCGAGACGUGUCUGCAUGUGACGAUCCCAGAUGAGCACCUGGCCGGGUGUGAAGUUCUCCCUGAGGCUGAUUCCACUCGUCGGAUCGUUCUGCGACCACACGGCACUGGCUUACCCAAUGUGGACUUCCUGCUUUAUCUCCACGUUCAAGCCGCCGACAAGUGCAGAGCGGAGCCUAGCCUGUUGGCCUACGCUGCCCACUGCCAGGUGGACACUCGUGGGCGACCUUUGGCUGGCGUGGUGGUCAUCUGCCGGGAUCGACUGACAACACUUACUGUACCGACUGUUCUCCAUGAGCUGUUUCAUGCCCUCGGCUUCUCCAAGGAUCUCUUCCACACAUGGACAGACUGUUCCUCCCAGCAAGUGGGUGCCGACUGUUCUCCUCGGGGCAAAGUGACUCACAGUGAUGGAUCAGGCCAGAUGAGAAUCUACACCCCUUCUGUUAUCUCAGCCCUACAGAUGCACCUGGGAGCUGUUGAUCCUGAGCUGGGAGGGCCGCUUGAGAACUUUGAUGUACCUGCAGGCGGCGUAUCCUCUCACUGGGAGGCCCGAGUUCUGCAGGGGUCCAUCAUGUUGGCGGUGCGAGACCGUUCUAGCGCAGUGCACAUCGACCCGGUCACCUUGGCUGCUUUUCAGGACACCGGCUGGUACACUGUCAAUAUGAGCAAGGCUCAAAGUCUGGUCUGGGGACAAGGUGGAGGUGCCAUGUUUGGUUCCAUAUCCACCUGUCUGGAAAACAGCUCAUCAUCUUUUUUCUGCACUGGCAGUGGACUAGGCUGCCAUUACUUACAUCUCCACAAGGGAGAGUGCCAGACCGAUCCUCUCCUGGAUGGAUGUCGGGUCUACAAAGAGCUCAAAAAUAGCGAAUGCUGGAGCCAAGAAAACGAGAAGAAAUCACCAGAAGAGAUCUUUGGCUUGGACAGUCGAUGUUUCUUCUCCAGCCUCACUCCGCAUGUAAGUACCAAGGAUGCCAAGAGUAAAAGUUGUGAACCUAUUCUACGUCCUCUUUCCCAGAACCAGAGUCAGCUACUUGUGUCGGGACGCUGUUACAGACACCGAUGCACUGCUCCAUACAGCUACCAGAUCCAGGUGAAGGACUCGGACUGGCUAGACUGUCCAGCAGGGGGCAGCAUUCAUAUGUUGCUCCACCCUCUCAGGCUGAGAACAUUCCGGUUUUCAUCACAAGGGGUGAAACCAGUGAUCUGGAUGAUGUUUCAGUCCAAGAUGACGCUUGGUCAGCCCACUUCCCUGCUGCUGCGACAACACUUUGCUGCCUUUCAGCGACAGCGUGUCUGCUGGGGGUCCUCAGGCUGGCGUACUGGAGAUGUUACACCCGCUGUUGGGCUAGGAUCCAUGCAGCCUCAGGCGACGUUUAGUCACAGAACACCACCUCUUUGCUUUUUGAUUAUCAUUAAAUCUACCAAAGAAGCAUCCAGAAUAUUUUACAAAUAUUUUGGUUAUCUUUGGAAAAUACAGGUUUUUAUAUUCUUAUUUUUUCAGAGAAUAACAAUAAAAAUAUUAAUGUUUGUACAUAUAUGAACAUAUAAAUGAAUUAUUCAU